AUGACCACUUGGUCUGUCGUCCUCGCCGCGCUCGCCCGAUUCCGCGAGCUCCACGGCCACGUGCAUGUGCCCGAGUGCUGGGCAGCGGCCCACACGCUUGAUGUGCAUGCGUACAUGCUCCCGACGCCGCAGCUCCGCGCUGCCCUUUCCCUCGGCGUCGUUUGCGACGUGCCGGUCUGGGCCGACAUCUUCGACAUGUUCAAGAUAUACUGCAAGCGCUACGGCGCCGCCGACGUUCCCAUCAACUAUGUCAUCCGCGCGAGCCGCAAGCGCAAGGCCGACGAGUCGACGCCGCCGUGGGCGGCCAACUACGACGGUCUUCCGCUGGGCGAAAUCGCAAUGCGCGUCUGGCUCGUCUACAUUCAGCUACCGUCGCACCGGCUUAACGAGCUCAAGAGCGUUCGGUUCGCCUUUAACACGCAUGCGUCGUGGGCGACCGUCGUCGGGGCCAAGGCUGUGUUUGCGAGCAUCAACGGCCACAAUAGCAUCCCUGACUGCUACGCUGUGCCGCCCGACGACACGGCGUGGCCACCCAAGUUGCGAGGCCUGCGCCUCGGGCACUAUCUUCGCUUGCAAGCGACGGCCAACGGCGUGAAUGCGCCGCCCACAACAAGGGUCAUCGACACCUUCGUCGACGCGCGAGUGCAAGAAACCGAGUUUGACCGGCACGUGCUCGGUCUCAAGAUCUACAAGCGCGGAAGCAAGUCGCCAGUCGCCCAUGAUUUCGUUGUGCCUGGCAACGAUGCCCGGUGGCCGCGUCGGAUCUGGGGCUUGCGUCUCGGAGACUUUGCCGCCACCCUCCGACGCGACUACGCGUCUCUCUCGGCCCUCCAGCGCGCGACAGUCAACGACAUUAUUGGUUUCGAGUGGGAUCCCGUCGUCGCCAAGUGCUGGUCCGAUAUCGUGGCGACACUGACACAGUGGCACGCAACGCACCGUGACUGUGGCUGGCCCGACGCCUUUGAGUUCACGGCCGAGUGGCCGACGUCCGUCGUCGGAGAGACGCUCGGGUACAUUUUGACGCUGCUGGAGGUCCACGAAGACUUUGCAACGGCAGCGCACCGGCACACGCUGCGUCGACUCUGUCUCAACGUCGACAACCGGUGGACGACCAAGGUCGCGGCGCUCACGACCUUCUACUCGCUCCACGGCCACCUGCGCGUCCCCCGCGACUAUGUUGUGCCGACUACCGGCGAGUGGCCGCCGGCAGCCACCGGCAUGCCUCUGGGCUUCAUCGUGUCGCUGCUUCGGCGAGUUCCGCCGGCGGUCAUAACGUACGUCCAGCGCCGGGAGCUCGAGGCGCUCGCAUUCGAAUGGGAUCUCGCCACCGAGUCGACGUUGGAAGCCACACGGCCGCCGUCGGUCGCCGCCGUUGACGUCGCACCUGCCAAGACGGUUGCUGUGGCGGCAGAUGAAGUCGAGGCACCGCACGUGAUCGACGACACGGCGCAAGUUUCCAUUAACUGGGCCAUGUGGGCGGUCGCGCUCACGCAGUUCAAGGCCCACGAAGGCCACGUCGACAUUCCGAGGGAUUACAUCGUGGGCGCCGACGAUGCGCGGUGGCCCGUCGCGCUGCGGUCGUUUCCCGUCGGUCCGAUUCUCACCAAGAUCCGGUCCCACGUCGUCGUGCCACCACCGUGGGUGCAAAGCCAAGUCCAGAUCGUUGGCGUCGACUUGUUCGGUGGUGAUGCGCCAGAUAGCAGUUCAAGCAACCCCUAA